AUGCCUUCCCUUACAAGAAAGAAUGACUUCAUAAUAUGGGUCUAUUUAUCAUCGAUUCAGGAAGAUGUGUAUAGAAAAUUUAUAUCUUUAGAUCAAAUUAAGGAAUUGCUAAUGACAACCAGGUCCCCUCUAGCAGAGCUGACCAUUUUGAAGAAGCUUUGUGAUCAUCCGAGACUACUUUCUGCUAGAGCCUGUGUUCAGCUUGGCUUGGAAGGAGAUGGCACUGAAGAGCAUGACAUUGAAGUUGUUACAAAAUUUGAUCACCUUUCUGAUGAGGCUCUUAUAAAGGAGUCUGGAAAGCUGGUGCUUUUGAUUGAGCUCCUUAAUAGACUGAAAGAAGAAGGUCACAGGACUCUUGUUUUCUCGCAGUCAAGAAAAAUGCUUGAUAUGAUUGAUCGCAUCUUGAAUAACAGAGGAUUUAAAAUAAUGCGUAUUGAUGGGACAGUUUCUCUUUUAGAUCGUGAGAAAAGAAUAAGUAUUUUCCAAACUAGCAACAGCUACUCUGUAUUGCUGCUGACAACACAAGUUGGGGGUGUUGGAUUAACAUUAACUUCAGCUGACCGGGUUGUUAUUUUUGACCCCAGCUGGAAUCCAGCCACUGAUGCACAAGCUGUUGAUAGAGCCUACAGAAUAGGACAACAAGCAAAUGUUGUAAUAUAUCGACUCAUAACCUGUGGCACAGUAGAAGAAAAAAUAUAUAGGAGGCAAAUCUUUAAGGACUCCUUGAUAAGACAAACAACUGGUGACAAGAAAAACCCCUUCCGUUACUUCUCAAAGCAGGAAUUAAAGGAGCUGUUUUCUCUAGAAGACACUCAAACCUCUUCCACUCAGAUUCAGCUCCAAAACAUGCAUUCUUCUCAAAGGAAAACUGAUACAAAUCUAGAUGAACACAUAGCUUAUCUUCAUACUUUACCAAUUUUUGGAAUCUCUGAUCAUGACCUCCUCUAUUCACAUGAGAUUCCCUCCCAAGAGGAGGAAAACGAAUAUGAAAAUGAACAUGAUGGUCAGUACAUUGAAGAAAGAGUUCAGAAGGCUCACGAACUAGUACAGAUGGAGUCUCAACUGAAUGAACAGCUAAUGGAAAACUUAAAAAGGGACUCGGAAGGGGUGUGGCUUAGACCAAAUAUUUUCCCUGAAAAACCUAAACACAGAAGUAUUUCUAAUGAUAAACCACAAGCCUUUCCUGAAAUUGUAGAUAAUGCUGAACAUGAAAUUGCAAAUGUCAGUUGUCAGAUGAUUAGUUUGGUGAUAGAAGAUUCAGAUGAUGAAACGCUUCCCAGUGUUUCAUUUAAAAAGGAGCAACCAAAUGUCAAUUCACACAUAAGCAGUUUGUCAUCUUCAAUUGCUAGUCUACCUCCAGCUCCUCUAAAUUAUGAAACCUCAAAGAAUGGAAACAGUCACUCUACCAGUUUGGUGAUUGAGCCUUUUGAAGAGAAUUUGACCCAUGUUCCAUACAGAAAUGAAUUGCCAAAAGCGACAGUGGACCAGACAAACCACUUGAUAACUGAAGAAUGCAGUGAGGAAGACAUUUCAGAUCCAGUCACAUUUACGAAAGCAUCUUCCAACAUUGCGUUUGGAAGUUCUCUAAUAAAUGGAUAUUCUGGAAUGGAAAACAUUGUUUCAGCAGCUUUACCGGUUAACAGUUUGGGCAUUAAAAGUUCAAACAGUUUGCCAUCUUUUGUUAUCAAAGCAGCAGAAUGUGAACAACCAUGCAUUAAAGAAAAUAUAAGUCUCAAUGAAGACACCAGUUCCCCUCUAUCAAAGUCCCAAUUUCAGUGUGACUUUAAUUUAGUUCUAGAAGAUUCAAUGGAUGAUGAUCAUUUUGCAUCAGUGCAUGAAAUGGAAACCUCCAUUGCUCCAGCAAAGGAAGUUCUACGAAUACUGGAUGAUUCUUUGGAAAAUAUGAGCCAAAAAGAUAACUGCUUUGAAUGUUCUAUGGAACUUGAAAGAAAAAGUAGAAAUAGAAGUGUAAACAAGGGGGAUUCAAAGUACAAACUUGAAGGUUGUGCUGAAGUUGCAGAAACUUUUCAGAAUGAAAUGGAUAUAUUAAACUCUUGUCUGGAAAAUAGCACUAGAGAAGUUAGUAGAAUUGAUGCAGAGGAGAGUGAUGAAGAGGAGAUUCUUUUUGCCACCAAUCGUAAAGGUACCAGGAGAAUCUGUUCUGAAAGUGAAACGGAGAGCUCAGUGUUUCUAAAUGAAGAAAAUGAGAGAGAGUUUUCACCUUUCAAUAGCCCUUCUGUCAAAGUGAUGUGUGUGUCAACUCCAAAGUUAGAGAAAUGUUGGUCCGACAAUCUGUUUCCUCAAAGGAGCAGUUUAGGAAGGCGCAAAUCUAUUGCCUCAAGAAGAUCUCUAGUUCAUGUAGCUGUAGAAGAAGCUACAGACAUUCAAGAAGAUAUUAAUGAUGGAGAUGACGAAGUCAGUGACCAAGGGGAGGAGGAAGAAUUGCUAGCAAAUGAAGCGCAAGGGGGUGAUGAUGAAGAACAUGAACAUACAAAAGAGAAGCCAAUGGGAGAAAUUUUCGUCCUGGAGGACAGUUUACCAACAUCAGAAGAGGAUUAUGAACAUGAUAGCUUUGCUAUAAAAUUCUCUUCAAAUGAAGAGAUAACAGAGUCUACUGGUGAAGUGGAACUGCUCUCUGAUGAGCAAGUUAACUACUUGGCUGCAGAAAUGUAUCAAAGUAAAGGGUCUAGUCAAGAAGAGGAGUACUCCAUUCUGGUGAAACGUGGCAAGGAGCUUAAAGAUGGCGGACAUGUGAAAGAAGCUUUACACUGUUUUGAGAAAGCACUUAAUAUUAAAUCGGGAGACCCUGAACUUAUGAUGAUUACUUUGAGUUUGUACAGACAACUAUGUUAAGAUAUAUCUAUUUUUUUUUUUUAUCAGUUACCAGUAAAAGA